AUGUCUGCCGAGUACACACCCGAGACCUCCACUGGCGUCGCUGGCGACAACGACUACCAAAGCCGUACCGGCCAGAGCGAGAUCCCCGUCCAGAAGGACGAGGCUUCCAUUGAGGACCCCAUUGACCCCGACACUGCCGACUCUGACAAGGUUCUUGAGCAAGACGAAAAGGCUGCCAUGAACGAGGACAACAUCAUCGAUGGCCGCACCCGUGGUGCCGCCAAGCCCAAGGGCUCUUACCAGGAGCCUGGUGAUGAGGAGGGUCUCCCUGGCCCGGACAACGGUACCUCUGCUGUUGCCCAGUAA